AUGAGGAAGCUGGUGACGAUUGGGGCUUAUCUCGAAGGUAGUGAUGAUGGUGCUGAUGGAGGUAGUGGUGGUAGUGAUGCUGGGGAAGAUGGUCCUGCUGAUCUUGAUGCUGAUGAUGAUGGUGGUAGGGGUGGAGAUGAUGGUGCUUAUAUUGAAUAUCGAGGUGAGAGAUCUGAUUUUGAUGGUGAUCAUGAGGAAGCUGGUGACGAUUGGGGCUUAUCUCGAAGGGUGAUCAUGAGGAAGCUGGUGACGAUUGGGGCUUAUGUCGAAGGUAGUGAUGAUGGUGCUGAGGGCGGUAGUGGUGAUAGUCAUGCUGUGAAAGACGGCCCUGCUGAUCUUGAUGAUGAUGAUGAUGGUAGGGGUGGUGAUGAUGGUGCUUAUAUUGAAUAUCGAGGUAGUGAUGAUGGUGCUGAGGGCGGUUGUGGUGAUAUUCAUGCUGUGAAAGAUGGCCUUGCUGAUCUUGAUGCUGGUGAUGAUGGUAGGGGUGGUGAUGAUGGUGCUUAUAUUGAAUAUCGAGGUGAAACACCUGAUUUUGAGGGUGAUCAUGAGGGUGAUCGUGAGGAAGCUGGUGACGAUGGUGCUUAUGUCGAAGGUAGUGAUGAUGGUGCUGAUGGUGUUAGUGGUGGUAGUGAUUCUGGGGAUGGAGGCACUUCUGAUCUUGAUGCUGAUGAUGACGGUGCUGGUGGUGGUGAUGAUGAUAUUGCUUGUAUUGAAUAUCUUGGUAUCAGAUCUGAUUUUGAAGGUGAUCAUGAGGAAGCUGGUGACGAUGGUGCUUAUGACGAAGGUAGUGAUGAUGGUGCUGAUGGUGGUAGUGGUGGUAGUGUUGCUUGGGAUGGUGGCACUGCUGAUCUUGAUGCUGCUGAUGAUGGUGCUAGGGGUGGUAGUGAUGAUAGUGCUGAUGGUGGACGUGGUGGUAGUGAUUCUGGGGAUGAUGGCACUGCUGAUCUUGAUGCUGAUGAUGAUGGUGCUGGUGGUGGUGAUGAUGAUGUUGCUUAUAUUGAAUAUCGUGGUAACAGAUGUGAUUUUGAUGGUGUUCAUCAGGAAGCUGGUGACGAUGGUGCCUAUGUCGAAGGUAGUGAUGAUGGUGCUGAGGGCGGUAGUGGUGAUAGUCAUGCUGUGAAAGAUGGCCCUGCUGAUCUUGAUGCUGCUGAUGAUGGUAGGGGUGGUGAUGAUGGUGCUUAUAUUGAAUAUCGAGGUAGUGAUGAUGGUGCUGAGGGCGGUAGUGGUGAUAGUCAUGCUGUGAAAGACGACCCUGCUGAUCUUGAUGAUGAUGAUGAUGGUAGGGGUGGUGAUGAUGGUGCUUAUAUUGAAUAUCGAGGUAGUGAUGAUGGUGCUGAGGGCGGUUGUGGUGAUAUUCAUGCUGUGAAAGAUGGCCUUGCUGAUCUUGAUGCUGGUGAUGAUGGUAGGGGUGGUGAUGAUGGUGCUUAUAUUGAAUAUCGAGGUAGUGAUGAUGGUGCUGAGGGCGGUAGUGGUGAUAGUCAUGCUGUGAAAGACGGCCCUGCUGAUCUUGAUGCUGAUGAUGAUGGUGGUAGGGGUGGUAGUGAUUCUGGGAAUGAUGGCACUGCUGAUCUUGAUGCUGAUGAUGAUGGUGCUGGUGGUGGUGAUGAUGAUGUUGCUUAUAUUGAAUAUCGUGGUAACAGAUGUGAUUUUGAUGGUGUUCAUCAGGAAGCUGGUGACGAUGGUGCCUAUGUCGAAGGUAGUGAUGAUGGUGCUGAUGGUGUUAGUGGUGGUAGUGAUUCUGGGGAUGGAGGCACUUCUGAUCUUGAUGCUGAUGAUGACGGUGCUGGUGGUGGUGAUGAUGAUAUUGCUUGUAUUGAAUAUCUUGGUAUCAGAUCUGAUUUUGAAGGUGAUCAUGAGGAAGCUGGUGACGAUGUUGCUUAUGACGAAGGUAGUGAUGAUGGUGCUGAUGGUGGUAGUGGUGGUAGUGUUGCUUGGGAUGGUGGCACUGCUGAUCUUGAUGCUGCUGAUGAUGGUGCUAGGGGUGGUAGUGAUGAUAGUGCUGAUGGUGGACGUGGUGGUAGUGAUUCUGGGGAUGAUGGCACUGCUGAUCUUGAUGCUGAUGAUGAUGGUGCUGGUGGUGGUGAUGAUGAUGUUGCUUAUAUUGAAUAUCGUGCUGGUGACGAUGGUGCCUAUGUCGAAGGUAGUGUUGAUGAUGCUGAUGGUGGUAGUGGUGGUAGUGAUGCUUGGGAUGGUGGCACUGCUGAUCUUGAUGCUGAUGAUGAUGGUGCUAGGGGUGGUUUAUGA